AUGGCAAACGACCAUUCCGAGGAAAGCGCGUCUACGCCAGGUGCAAACCCAGAACACAUUCCUCGCAAUUCCGUUUCCUCUGAGGGUUCAUCUUCGCCAGUCAGUUCGUCAUUAACCACAGAUCACGCGCCAACCCGCCCUACUCCAUCACAGUCCCAGGCAGAUUCCGCAGGGCCGAAGUCAGACGAAGAUGGUGCCGCACGUACUUUAUCUCGCCGAAGCACUCAUGCCUCCGGUCAUGAUACCAAAGGAGAGGAAUGGGCCCAGAUAGAACGACUGAUCUCACGAAUGUUUGGCUCUGAGCGCAAAGCAAAUUCCGAAGAAGAGAAAACACGCCAUGUCGGAGUCGUAUGGAAAAACCUUACCGUGAAGGGCGUGGGCCUUGGGGCUGCUCUCCAACCUACCAAUGGGGACAUCUUUCUCGGGUUGCCACGGCUCAUCAAGCAACUAUUCACUCGGGGCAGGAAAGGUGUCGGAGGUGGAAAACCACCAAUACGGACUAUCUUGGAUGAUUUUACUGGCUGCGUUCGUCCGGGGGAGAUGCUUCUUGUCCUCGGUCGUCCUGGCUCUGGUUGUUCCACUUUCUUGAAGGUGCUCGGUAACCAACGAGCGGGGUACGAAAGCAUAGAGGGUAAUGUGCAGUAUGGCGGCACCGAGUCGGAAAAGAUGGCAAAGCAGUAUAGGUCUGAAGUCCUGUACAACCCCGAGGAUGACCUUCACUAUGCAACUCUUACUGUGCGAGAUACACUGCUUUUCGCCCUGAAAUCCCGCACCCCCGGCAAAGCUUCACGGAUCCCAGGAGAAAGCCGAAAAGAAUAUCAGCAGACAUUCUUGUCUGCCAUAGCUAAGCUCUUCUGGAUUGAACAUGCUCUGGGAACCAGAGUUGGCAAUGAACUCAUUCGCGGGAUUUCCGGGGGCGAGAAGAAACGGACCUCAAUCGCUGAGGCUAUGGUUACAAAGGCUAGCACUCAGUGCUGGGACAACUCUACAAAGGGCUUGGACGCCAGUACGGCAUUGGAGUAUGUUCAAAGCUUGCGAAGUCUAACAAAUACCGCCAACGUUUCAACCCUUGUAGCUCUCUACCAGGCGUCCGAGAGCCUAUUUGAUCUUUUUGACAAGGUGGUUCUGAUAGAAGAUGGAAAAUGCUCUUUCUUCGGACCUAGCCAAGACGCAAAGGCUUACUUCGAAGGGCUGGGCUUUGAAUGCCCCCCACGUUGGACAACCCCCGACUUUUUGACUUCUGUCAGUGACCCUCAUGCAAGACGUGUCAAGGACGGGUGGGAUAACAGAAUCCCUCGGAAUGCAGCUGAAUUUCAAGCUGCAUAUCUUAAAAGUGAUACUUACAAAAGAAAUCUGGCGGAUAUUGAAAGUUUUGAAGGCGAAAUUGAAGGCCAGAGGCAGGAGAGAGAGGCGGCAAGAAGGAAAGCCAAACGGAAAAACUUCACGAUCUCAUUUUACAAACAGGUCAUGAUUCUCACGCAUCGUCAGUUUCUGGUAAUGUUUGGUGACAGAGAGUCAUUGAUUGGAAAGUGGGGUGUGAUAACUUUUCAAGCCCUCAUUACUGGUAGCUUGUUCUACAAUCUGCCGGAUACAAGCAAUGGUGUUUUUACGAGGGGUGGUGUAAUGUUCUUUAUACUGCUUUUCAAUGCAUUGCUUGCCAUGGCAGAACUGACAGCAGCAUUUGAGAGUCGACCAAUCUUGAUGAAACAUAAAAGCUUCUCUUUCUAUCGGCCUGCAGCAUAUGCGCUUGCCCAGGUUGUGGUUGAUGUGCCUCUCGUGUUCAUACAAGUCGUUCUAUUUGAUAUUGUAGUAUACUUCAUGGCAAACCUUGCGCGAACCCCUUCACAGUUCUUCAUAAAUCUGCUGAUCAUUUUCACUCUCACAAUGACCAUGUACUCGUUCUUUCGUGCCCUUGGGGCACUAUGCUCCUCGUUGGAUGUUGCCACACGUCUCACUGGUGUCGCCAUUCAGGCAUUGAUUGUGUAUACAGGCUAUCUUAUCCCUCCGUGGAAAAUGCACCCGUGGUUGAAAUGGCUCAUUUGGAUCAACCCUGUCCAAUAUGCAUUUGAGGCAUUGAUGGCCAAUGAGUUCUACAACCUCCAGAUAAAAUGUGAACCACCCUACGUUGUGCCCGAUGGGCCGGACGUUGUACCCGGUCACCAAUCCUGUGCAAUCCAAGGUAGUGAUCCAGACCAGUUGAUUGUGCACGGUUCCAAUUAUAUCCAAACGGGGUUCACAUACAGCAGAGCUCACCUGUGGCGAAAUUUCGGUAUAAUUAUUGGAUGGCUUAUCUUUUUCGUCUGCUUGACAAUGCUGGGAAUGGAAUUGCAGAGACCUAAUAAGGGUGGCAGCGCAGUCACGGUGUUCAAAAGAAGCGAAGCCCCCAAAGCAGUUCAAGAUAAUGACAGCGACAACAGUGUAUCCAGUGGCAAUGUCCAGGACAUUGCUAAAAACACGGCAAUAUUUACAUGGCAAGGUGUCAACUACACCAUUCCAUACAAGGGUGGACAGAGACAACUACUGCAAAAUGUUGAAGGAUAUGUCAAGCCUGGUCGGCUGACUGCAUUGAUGGGUGCUUCUGGCUCAGGGAAAACCACAUUACUCAAUGCGCUAGCGCAGCGAAUCAAUUUUGGUGUGGUCACUGGCAGCUUUCUAGUUGAUGGAAGACCUCUCCCAAGGAGCUUCCAGAGAGCGACCGGAUUCGCCGAGCAGAUGGACAUUCACGAACCGACUGCUACUGUGCGGGAGUCUCUUCGGUUCUCUGCUCUGUUACGACAACCUAAGGAAGUCCCACUGCAAGAAAAGUAUGAUUAUUGCGAGACAAUCAUUGACUUGUUAGAGAUGCGGCCUAUCGCCGGCGCAACUGUUGGAUCCGCGGGCUCAGGCCUCAACCAAGAACAGCGCAAACGACUCACCAUCGCAGUGGAACUGGCAAGUAAACCGGAGCUGUUACUUUUCCUGGACGAGCCCACGUCCGGCCUCGAUUCUCUCGCCGCGUUCAAUAUUGUACGCUUCCUUCGCCAACUUGCAGAUGCUGGGCAGGCCGUUCUCUGUACAAUCCAUCAACCUUCUGCUGUGUUGUUCGAGAAUUUCGAUGAUCUCUUGCUGCUGAAAAGCGGUGGAAGGGUUGUUUACAAUGGGCCUCUUGGAAAUGACUCGAAGACCCUGAUCGAUUACUUUGAACAAAAUGGCGGGAGGAAGUGCUCACGGCAUGAAAAUCCGGCGGAGUAUAUGUUGGAAGUCAUUGGAGCCGGAAACCCUGAUUAUAAGGGACAGGACUGGGGCAAUGUCUGGGCCAACUCUCCAGAAUCCGAGAGGCUUUCUGAGGAACUAGAGGGUAUCAUCGCGUCGCGUCAGAAUGCUGGAAGCGACGGGAAGACUAACGACCAUCGCGAGUACGCAAUGCCUCUCUACGUCCAAGUAGCCGCUGUCACCAAGCGAGCAUUCGUGGCUUACUGGAGGACGCCAGAGUACAUCCUUGGUAAAAUGAUGCUCCACAUCUUUACUGGCCUUUUCAACACCUUCACAUUCUGGCAUUUGGGAAAUAGCUUCAUUGACAUGCAGUCACGGCUCUUUUCUGUCUUCAUGACAUUGACUAUAGCUCCCCCGCUGAUACAGCAACUCCAACCGCGGUAUCUCCAUUUUCGAGGACUUUAUAAAUCUCGCGAGGCUAACUCCAAGAUCUACUCUUGGGCUGCAUUCGUGACGAGUACGAUUGUCCCAGAACUGCCAUACUCGAUUGUUGCCGGGUCUAUUUACUUUAACUGCUGGUACUGGGGAACUUGGUUUCCGCGCGACUCAUUCAGUUCCGGCUAUGUUUGGAUGUCGCUGAUGCUGUUUGAAGUAUACUAUAUUGGACUGGGUCAAUUCAUAGCCGCGCUUGCACCCAACGAGCUAUUUGCAAGCUUGCUUGUGCCGACUUUCUUUACAUUCAUUGCCUCCUUCUGCGGUGUUGUGGUCCCUUAUCCCGCCCUGCCGCAUUUCUGGCAGUCAUGGAUGUACUGGCUUACGCCGUUCCACUACCUGCUUGAGGGAUUUGUUGGAGUCAUCACGCAUAAUGUCCCCGUACGCUGUAUUGACCGUGAAGAAUCCCGCUUUAGCACUCCCGCUGGCAUGAGUUGUCAAGACUAUGCUGGUUCUUUCGCUGAAAAGGCCGGUGGAUACGUCCGAGAUGCUGGGAAUGGAAUGUGUUCAUUCUGUCAAUACUCGACCGGUAAUCAAUAUGCUAAGAGCCUCAAUGUGUUUUACUCGCACAAGUGGAGAAAUUAUGGAAUCCUUUGGGCGUAUAUCAUCUUCAACUUUUCUCUUGUUUUUGCCUUCUCCUGGUUGUAUUUGCACGGGGUUAGCAACCUGAAGCGCUGGUUCAGUGCGCGUAAGGCGAGAAAGGGCAAAGACCGUUGA